AUGACCUAGAUAAAUAUAUAUAUAUAUAUAUAUAUUGAAUUGAAUUGAAUAUAUGUAUACAGAGAGCUAUUGAAAUCCAAGCCUAACUUAUUUUAUACAUGCAUAUUAUUACAUAUUAUACAUUCACAGAUGAUAUCAACCUUUUCUAACAUAUGUACGUGUACCUAAGUAGCCUAUGUCGCUUAAUAAAUUGCUGAACCGACCAUAACAGGGUGUUUUAUAGUAUAGGGAGUCCGCUAUACAGUAAAGCACCUGCUCCUAGUUGGAUGCCCUGGAAACAAAUAACUUCCCUUUGUUUCAAACACAGUAACAUGUUGAACACAAGUGAGAUCUGUGUGGUCGAACUACAAGUGAAAGUCCGUGUUGUCAAAUCUCAAGGGAACUAUGCUGGGUAAUAUUACUAACCAUAUUCCCUCUAUUGUCCUCUGUACCACGUAGAAACUCAUUGCAUCAGUCGGGCACACAGGUAAAAUCAGCUUGGCAGUCAUAAUACACUUUAUUAAUGAGUGCAGGACGCACUGAAUCUUGUAGGCCUAUCCGUGAAAGGCGACCGAGAAGGGCAGUGGACAGCUCUGGAGCGGUUUAAUGAAUGGCAGAAGGAGAAAGUUGACCUGUCCGAGCUGAAGGCGUUGAGUGGCCGAAGGGGUCCGUCUCAAUGCGUGCAUUCUUUUUCCAGGUGCGUAAUUAGGUUGCGAGUGCAAAAGCGCCCUGAACCUCGAUGCACAUAUAUUGAGGUUUAAAAUAUCGACAGAUUGUAUACGAGUAUUGUAGUCCCUCUAAAAUCAUACAACGUAUACAUACAUGACGUAUUUGCAGUGUCUGAACCUACCUAAAACUAAAGCCGGUGUGUGAAUUGAAAAAUCUUGAAAUGUAACGCACUGGCUAGUAUAUGCACUGGGAUACUGUGCUGAACCUUGAAUUCAUCAAGCCAAAACGUGAACCUUUUUAACUUUUCAAAACUUAAGCAAAGCUAAAUAUAUACACCCCCGAUAUCAAAAUUAUCUGGCAUAUCUCAUUUAGUCUUUUCUGUGACAUGAAUGUAAGCCACGCAAGAGCACCAAUGCCAUACAUGAAGUAACUUAUGUCUCUGUGUCAACAAACCGUAAAUCAACCAAGACCAUAUAUCACAGAAUUGCAUUCCACAUAUUCAGUCCAAAACGUUUGCAGCCUGUAGCUGUGGCCUAGUUGGGAAUGCGCACCUACAAUGUCAGUCCACAUGUAAAUACAGUCAAAGAGAAGCAGAAGAGCCUUCACCGGAGAGACACUCGUUUGCCACUACAUGCCCAUGAAAAACAACACCUUGCUUCCAUUCCUGAGAGUAUAAUCCUCGAUGAAGUUUGGUAACACUCAUAAUAAGAAAUAGAUCAUGAUCAUCAUCUUACAACAAACACAACAACAACAAGAAUUGUAACAAUAAUAAUGGCAUAGUUUAAACGGAUUGGGAUUUAGAACUACUAUUAUCAUAAACAGUCGUUGUUAAAAUAAUAUGCGGUCUCAAACAUGACGAAAAAGGCAUUAUUGGUAUGGAUGUGCAAUUUUUCCUUUAUAUAUAUUUGACAACUAACAAAGCAAUCUGGGACGAAAUGCCAUCUUCUGAACACGAAAAAGGUCAAUAAAUACCAUUAAUGAUACUGUGAUAACUACAAGUCAUACUGGAAAUAAUAGUGAUACAAAUCAUUUUUAUUAUCGUAGUAAAAUAGGACAAAACGAGGUGAGGUAUGGAACGAAGCGUUUCUUUCUUGCAAUAACCUAUAUGUCCAGUAGGUGACGCUGUCUGCCAACGCGCUGCACACCACAGCAUUGGGAGGCACACGUUGACUUGAGUCUAACGACUCCCAUCUCGUCAUCAUUUGUAACCAUAGAGCAUGAAUUACCUCUUGAAGUCAUCAGUGAGAAUUUACGACUGGUCAACAAAAGCACGUGAUUCCCAAACGCACCCCCACCCCCAUAUUUGGCCGCAUACAUAGCAAAAACGAAGUACAGUGCAUUGCUAUAAUUCAUUAAUACAUCAUAAAUCGUGAAGCACCGCGUUAUAACGACCAAGAUCUACAAAUCAAGCCCUCUAAAACAACCUAAAUGAGCUCUUACUUUGUAAACUCGUUCUCAGGGCGCUACCCAAAUGGCCCCGACUAUCAGUUACUAAAUUAUGGAACUAGCAGCAACGCUAUGAACGCUUCGUACAGGGACUCCGGCACCAUGCAUUCAGGGUCUUACGGCUACAACUACAAUGGGAUGGACCUAAGCGUCAAUCGUUCAACCACCACGGGCCACUUUGGGGCUGUUGGGGAUAACUCCCGGGGCUUCCAGUCCCCGGUCCCGGAGACGCGAUUUCGGCAGCCAUCAAGCUGUUCGCUCGCGUCUCCGGAGCCCAUGCCCUGCUCCAACAGCGAGAGCCUGGGAUCCAAGUGCUCUUCCCCCCCCUCCGACCAGAGCGCCUCCACAACCGGCAGUAACCUCACCAACAGCACACAUUUUACAGAAAUCGACGAGACCAGUGUUUCUUCCGAGACCGAGGAAGGCACCCACAGAUCAAACAACCCUGUUUCCCGGACGCAGCAAAAGCAGGAGUCCACCGCCACAUCCACCACCUCGGCGUCGAACGAUGGCCAAACGCCACAGAUAUUCCCCUGGAUGCGGAAACUGCAUAUAAGUCAUGAUAUGACGGGACCAGACGGCAAAAGGGCCCGAACCGCAUACACCCGCUAUCAGACGCUAGAGCUGGAAAAAGAGUUCCAUUUCAAUAGGUACCUCACCCGGAGGAGGAGGAUAGAGAUAGCCCAUGCGCUGUGCCUCUCAGAACGGCAAAUUAAGAUCUGGUUCCAGAAUCGAAGGAUGAAAUGGAAAAAGGACAAUAAGCUCAAGAGUAUGAGUUUGGCUUCUGCAGGUAGCGCUUUCCAGCCGUAAUAGUCGUACAAAUCAUUCUGUGUUGGUUGAAAGGAUGUCACAAAUAAAUGAAAUACAAAAAAAUCGGUUUCAAUACACAGUUACAGAGUCCAGUUCAGUGCGGCACCUUUCGGCAUGUUGUGGAUGUUUUAGGCAACUUAAAAUUAUACUGUGGUACUGCUAUAAUUAAUAAAAAGUUAGUGUUCAUAUGUUGUUGUUUUUUAAUACUAUGGUGACUAUUAUUUCGAGAGGGAAAAAAAGAGAAAAAGAUACCCAAUGCCGCCUGAUGUUCUUGUUAUGAAUAUUGUUUAUGUGUCAAGUGCUAUGUUAAUGCUUUCUCGAAAGUUAGCAUGCAGCUCUUAAAUGUUAUAACUUAUUUACGAUCUAUAACAAGUGUAUACUUUGAGUUUACAACUUAGAAUUGCCUUUGCCCCAAUAUGAAGUGAAGCUGUAGUAUAGUGGUAACUGCAUUGACUCUACAGAACCCUCCGUGUGUUUCAUGCUCCUCUUCAUGCUUAUCUACUAUUUGUUUUGCAUAAGUAUCAUUAGGUUUUCGUCAUGUGUUCAAAUCUUCCAAUAUUUUUUGAGUAAAAAGGGUAAAGUUGUAUAUAGACCUCGCUGUUUCAGUUCAUACAUGUGUAUAGUUAUAUUAAAAAUGUAAUUGUAUAUUAUUGGAUCAUGAUUAUGUUCCAAACAGGAUGUACAUAUUAGACAAUUUUAAUGUGACCAAUUAGCUCUUAGUAGUAGUCAGAGUGGAUGACAAGCGUGUGAAAGCUGAAAUAAAUCGCAAUCAUGUCAGACUGCCUGUACGCAUUUUGCCAAUACGCUUUUUGUAUUUGUUUGUAGGUUAAAUUGGAGUAAAAAAUAAAGUUCCUCAUAUUCAGACCAA